UGCCCCAUGUGGCCAGCAUGACAUUUACAAAAAAUCCCCAAUUUUCAUUUGCAAUAUAUAAAGACUUUCUUCUACUUGGGAAAUGUGGUCUGGGUUUCAUAUAAAUGUUGCAUAAUGCUAAAACUGUAGUCUGGCUUUGGCAAUAUUGCACUGAAUGAGGAGGCUUCAGGAAUGCAGUAGGGGCUUCAGCAUCGCAUUCAAGAUCAGCCAGUUGGGCUCCAUUCAUUCUUUCAUAUACCCCUGUUUGAAUUGAAGAGAGGGAAUUGUGUCUGUAAGUAUGACCAGUACGUUUCAUGCUGCACGUCUGAAUCAAGGCAUUGUGAAAUCUUUUUUUUUCUACCCAGAAAUGAGACAGGAGAGGCGUCAUGACCAAUGAAACAUUUGUGACUGAAUUCCUCCUGCUUGGACCCUCCGGGAGCCUGACGAUCCGACUCUUGCUGUUUGGACUUUUCUCUACAGCUUAUGCCAUCACUCUAGCAGGCAAUGCCAUUAUAUUGAUGCUCAUCUGCCUGGACUCACGACUGCACACACCCAUGUAUUUCUUCCUGAGCAACCUUGCCUGUGUGGACAUUUGCUACACUUCCAGCACAGUCCCUCAGAUGUUGGUUAACCUCCAGAAUCCAAGCAAACCCAUCUCACUGGCUAGCUGUGCUGUACAAAUGUAUGUCUUCCUGAUCUUAGCCACAACUGAAUGUUUCCUCCUUGCAGUAAUGGCAUAUGAUAGGUAUGUAGCUGUAUGUCAUCCACUACACUACACAUCUAUCAUGAACAAGCAACUGUGCAUUUACCUGGCUGCAGCCUCUUGGACAAGUGGACUUAUCUUGCCAGUAGCACACAUGGUCCUUACCUGGCAGUUACCAUUCUGUGGACCCAAUUUAAUUGAUCAUUUUUUCUGUGAGAUCCCAGCAUUACUGAAACUGGCAUGCACUGACACCUACAUUGUCGAGAAGGUCACUUCUGUGGGAUGCAUUUUCACAUUACUCAUCCCCAUUGCCUUCAUCAUCAUGACUUACAUUUGCAUUAUUUCCUCCAUUUUAAAAAUCCAAUCUGUACAAGGUCGGCAUAAAGCUUUCUCCACAUGUGCCUCCCACAUGACUGUGGUGGUUCUUUUCUAUGGUACUGCCAUAUAUAUGUACAUGAGACCUGAAUCUAGCCAUUCCUCAGGCCAGGAUAAAAUAAUCUCUCUCUUCUAUAGCAUUGUCAUUCCUUUAUUCAACCCCGUAAUAUACAGCUUGAAGAACAAGGAUGUGAAAGGGGCUUGGAUUAAAAUUCUCCAGAGAUGCCAACAUCUUCCCAAUUGCGGCCCAUCAAUUCCAGUGCUGUAACCUCUUUCUAAUGGUGUGUCUAUUAUAUUGUAGAUCAGUGGUUCUCAACCUGCGGAUCCCCAGAUAUUUUGGCCUUCAACUCCCAGAAACAUCUGGGGACUCAUAGACUGAGAACCACUGUUGUAGAUGCAUUUAUGGGUGCAUCUACUACAUUGUAAAAGUAAUGCAGUUUAUAACCCCUUUAACUACCAUGGAUCAAUGCUACCUAAUCACGGGAAUUGUAGGUUUUCAAAGUCUGUAGCUUUCUCUGUCAAGUGUGUUGGUGCCUAACCAAAACUACAUGUCCCAAGAACAGAUAGCAUUGAACCACGGCAGUUAAAGUGGUGUCAAAUUACAUUAAUUCUGCAAUGCUGAUGCACCCCAGGUUCCAGGGAAGCACUCAGCUAUAUUUCACCUAGCACUUACCGGAGAGUAUCAAUUAUACUAUGUAACAAAAUUUGAAACAUUUUCUGUUCGUAGUUUGAAAGUGUUAUUUCCUGUUUAAUUGUGUGGUACUUAAUUUGAAAGUAAUUGUUAUACUCCAGAAACUUCAUUUUUGUGGCUGCCACAAACAAUGUUGAAUUGGU